AUGUCUGCUGUAUCGAAAUACGAGCGUGCUUCUUACAAGGCAUUUGAGCCUGAUUACCACCCCCAAAGACCAAUUAUCAUCGGCGAAGAAGGGCUCGAUUCGCCUGAAACGAUCGCUAUCAAGUACGAAGAAGCAGUGGCCAGGGCGAACGGAGACCUUCGCGGUGCCUCUCCGCCAGAAGGUCUCCUUCCCAUGUCCCAGUACGGGAAACCACAGCCUAGCCCAAUUCACGGGUAUGACACGACUCGUGACUAUCCGGAGGCUGCUUACCCGCCGUAUCCUACACAAACCUAUUCCGCAGAACAGCACGACGGCAGCACACAGUUGAGCGCUGCCCAGCUGAACCAAGAGGCUUUCGCUGCCAACAGCGCCCUGGGACAAUACCUGCCGCUGGGCCCGAGUGUCGUGUCAUGCCAUCCCAACACGGGCCUGGCAGGCACAAAGGUGGUGGUGAAGCUGUCUUCGCAAGAUGACCUGCUCACGAUGACCAGCCCGGUGCCGUACUUCUAUCUCGUCUUCGGCACGAAUAAAGCGCCCGGGGAGUCGGUGAAAAGCAGCCGUGACCACACGGGGUGCACUAUAACUUUCACGGGCGAGGCCCCGGACCCCCUGACCACGGGAUACCAAAGCCAGAGCGUGCCGCUAACAGUGCUGCUGGAGGGCCCCGACGGGCAGGAGAUCUCGCGGACGGCAGCAGGCGACUUUCUAUACCAGGACCCUUCGGUGGGGGGUCGGGGUCCCGGUGCCCCUCCGGACGACAUCACGAGGAAAGCUUCCAAGUCACCUGAGCCAACGCAACAGGCAGCCUCCCCCAGGACAGGGACAGUGACCACCCAUCUGGGAUGCUACGACCCGUCUACAAAUACAUACGACUUUGCCACCGCGCCGUCACAACCUGCGCCUCCACCGUACGGAAGCACAUUCGGCCAAGAUACCAGCAGCGGCACCAACAACAGCAACAUGCUCAGCGCAUAUCGAACGGCUUCCUUCGCGGACCACCACUACCCCCGGGCGGCGGCGCCACCUCCCCUCCGCCCCCCAACGGCCGGCGGCGCGUGGCAGGCCGGCUACGGCAGGACAGCAGGACCUCCCAUCACGCACCACACGCACCACACGCACAUCUCCAUCUCCCGACCCAGCCUGACGCCCCUCCCCAUGCCCACGCCCAGCACGCCGACGCUGGUGCGGACGACGUCCCUCCAGAGUUCCCCGGGGAGCAGCAGCACCCAGGGCGCGGGGUAUCCGUCAUGGGGCUCCAGCUCGUACGCCAACAAGGCGGUGCUCAACCUCGUCGGCAAGCUGGACACCAUGGCGAAGAACUGGACGCCGGAGGAGUGGACCAACCGACGCCGCAUCGUCAUGUUCAACAAGAAGCAGUCCGGGUCGAACCUGACGGCGACAUUCCGCGCAGUCAACGUGAACGAGCGGCCGCCCAACUCGGUGUGCAUCAGCUGCAUCUACUGGGCGGAGCGGAAGGAGUGCUACGUGACGUCGGUGGACACGAUCUACCUGCUGGAGCAGCUCGUGGUGGCGCCCAACCGGUUCUCGGUGGAGGAGAAGAACCGCAUCCGGCGCAACCUGGAGGGGUUCCGGCCGCAGACGGUCAGCAAGGCCAAGGCCGAGUCGGAGGAGUUUUUCAAGAUCAUCAUGGCAUUCCCGAACCCCAAGCCGCGCAACAUCGAGAAGGACGUCAAGGUGUUCCCCUGGAAGAUCCUCGAGUCGGCGCUCAAGAAGAUCAUCGGCAAAUACAGCGCCAGCCCGGCGGCGUCGCAGAUGUUGACGCCGGCGGCGCCUGUCAGCACGUAUCCGACGCUGCCGACGCCGGCUGCGGCGACUCCGGAUCCCGUCCAUGCUUACGCGGCGGUGCAUCCCCAUAUGCAGCAUCACCAGCCCCAGCAGCAGCACCACCCGCAUCACCAUCACCAGCACGACGGGCUCACCUCGCUACGGUCUCUCAGCGGCAACCCCCACCACCACUGGCCCGCGACCUCGACGUACCCCACCGCAGCAGCAGCAGCAGCAGCAGCGCGGGUCCUCUCGCCAACCAUGACAUCCGCCUCGCCUCGCCAGUCGUCCCUCCGGCUAGCUGCGCCCCUGGCCGACGUCUCGACGUACAACAACAACAACAAUAGCAACAACAGCAGCAACGACAACAACAGCACGCGGCACGGGCCGCUAAUUCACCACUCGUACGGCGGGACGGCGGGAACACACAGCGCGACGCCCCUGGGUCCUCAGCACCAGCACCAAACGCAGACGACGACGCCCACCACCGCCGCCACCACUGCCACCACCACGACAGCAACGGGGGGGCGGUGGGACACGGGGACGAUGCCGACGAUGCACGCGUCGACGUCAUACGCGGAGGCGUAUCAUACGCACACGCACCAUGGGGCCUCCCCCCCCCACCCUCCCUUGUACGGGGCUGGCGGGUACGGUGACGGGGCGCAGCGGCCGUAG